UUGCUGCACAUCAACUUGUGAGUAAGUGACAGGGGUGUUAAGAAGACAUGGCUGCGUCUAAUUACUCCCUGAAGGUCAACAGGGACCUGCUGGACCCAAACUUUGAAAGCUACCGGUUGUCUCUGGACGCGAUCCCGACGUACAACGUUGAGCUGGACGCAGCUGUGGAGGAGGUGAAGCUGAAGGACUCCCACUACACCCUGGAACACAUGCGAGCCUUCGGCAUGUACAACUACCUGCACCUGGACCCCUGGUACGAGGACAGCGUUGUGUUCGUGGACUGCAAAGGACGAGUUCUCAGCCUCACCGUCACCCUGGACACGGCUCUGGGGAAGCCGAGGGAAGUUUACCGCUUCCCCGACGAGUCGGGCCGAGCCGAGGACCGACUGUGCGCCUCCCUCAGCCUCACCUCGGCCACCUGGGCGGCUCUGUCGGACGGCGGCGGGCGGCUCUACCUGCUGCGAACCGGCAAGAGGGGCGACGGCAGCCACAGCAGGUGGGAGCCGCUGUUCACCGAGGACUUGGGGGAACCCUUCACCGUCCUCCACAGCGUCUCUCACGUCCAGUCCGGCGUCCACAACAUGGAGGUCCUGCUGCUGCGAGUCCAGAAAGACCCGACGGAGACCAAAGGCAGCGGCUACUCGGUGUGUCUGGAGUGGAUCACGGUGGCCAGCGCCGCCGGACACGGUCAGGAGAAGAAGUACGAGGUGAGGAAGAGGAGGCUGCUCCGGGGGAAGUCGGUGCCUCACUACGCCGCCGUGGAGCCCAAAGGCAAAGGGCUGAUGGUGGCCUCGGCCAAACCGUUCGUCUUCACGCACGUGGACGGUCGACCCGUGGAGCAGCCGGAACCAGAACCCAUGGAGGUGGAGAAGACAGGUGGCCUGGAGGUGACCUUGCAGAAGCGCAGCGAGGGACCCUUGUGGCCGGAGCUGGUGACGGGCGACGGCAGAGGAGAGUACGUGAUGAGCGACGAGCAGGCCGCCCUCAUCCACGAGAGGCUGACUCACCUGACCUCCGAGGACCUGAAUGGAAACCCUGACAGGGACAAGCCUCCUUGUAACUCUCAGGAGCUGGAGGACUGUGAUGGGUUUCCAGAAGACAGCUCCAGCCUCACACACUUUGAUGAAGCCUCACUCAAGCCCACUCAGGUGGUGAACCUCGGCAGCCAUCAGUACCUGUUCACGGUCGACGUGGAUCCGUCCGAGAUGCCGUGUCUCUGCCUCCGACACGACGUGGACGCUCUGGUGUGGCAGCCUCGACCCGAGCAACCCGGCAACAUGUGGGAGCACGUCGCCACGUUCAAUGCCUUGGGUUACGUCCAGGCAUCCAAGCGGGAUAAGAAGUUCGCCACCUGCGCUCCGAACUUCUCGUACGCGUCGCUGUGCGAGUGUCUCCGCCGAGCCUUCAUCUACCGGCAGCCGUCGCCGGUGGAAACCGUCCUGUUCAACAGGAAGCAGGGCCGACAGGUAGGGCAGGUUGCCAAGCAACAGGUGGCCAGCCUGGACUCGGACAAGCCAAUCCUGGGCUUCAGAGCGACCAAUGAGAGACUGUACAUCCUGACCUCCAGUAACCUCUUUGUUCUAAAGGUCAACAAUAAUUAGAUUUGGGAUCCUGGGACUGUUAGUUUUCAUCUCUAGACCUUCUAAGAACGCCAUCAUUCCAAGAUGAAGAUUCAAUAUCUGCUUCAACUGAGUAAAACCUCUCAUGUCUUAACUGUCUGUGGAUGUCUUCUCCUGUUUCCCUUUUAAUGUGCUGAUAAACCAACGAGUCUAACAGUAAAAAAAUAUAAAACAAA